AUGUCGCUCACCCGCGCCUUCACCAAGCGUCACAAGCGCCCGGAGGUCUCCGCUCCCAUGCCCUAUCGCGAAGGCCAGGUCAAAUACUCCGCCGGCACCAUCUCUCGUGGCAAGAUUCUCCGGUCCUACUUGCACUCGGCCACCUCUUCCUCGUCGUCGUCCUCCUUGCAAUCGCCCGACGACUCGGAGCGCUCCUUCGCCCAGCAUAGCUUUGGUUCGCCGUUGACCACCCCCGAGGAGUCGCCCGUCGAGCCCAAUCCCCUCUCGGCGUAUUUUCCCAAGCGCUCCGCUACUGUCACCAGCCAUCCGCGUUCCUCGACUUCCACUGCCUCGUCGACCGACGCGCCGCUCAUCCCCAAGCGCGCGCUGUCGCACACGAAGCGCUCGCACCAGGAACUGGCCCGUCAGCGCUCCAUCUCGCGCAUGUCGCCGCCGUUGAACUCCAUGCGCAGCAGUCCGUCCAUGCGGCCCCCGCCCGCGGACAUCUCCAAGCCCGAGCCGCAUCCGUUCAGCAAGGAACUGGAGCAGGUGAACGAGGUGGUCGAGGAGUUUGGCGGCGGAAAUCGCGUGCUGGACGAGGAAGAACAGAUCCUGUACCGCAAGGGGCUCUGCAAGUUCACCGCCGACGAUUACCUGGUGGAACUCGAAGAUCUCUACGGCAGUAUCUUCGACGAUCGACUGGGGAGUAUCGGCGCAGGAACGUGGCUUUGA